AGCUUUAUCAGUGAAUGAGAUGCACGCCCUGCCCUACUGGAGUCCACAGUUUGGGGAGCUAGAAAGGUAACAACAAUAGCGAUGUCCAGCAAGGUGGCCAUUGGCAGCGACAUCGGGCAGGCCCGCCGGGCCGUGGAGCAGCUGCGGGUGGAGGCGGGCAUCGACCGCAUGAAGGUGUCCAAGGCGGCCGGCGACCUGCUGCAGUUCUGCGCGGAGCAGGCCAAGAGCGACCCCUUCCUUGUGGGCAUCCCGGCUGCCACCAACCCCUUCAGGGAGAAGAAGCCCUGUGCCAUCUUAUAA